GGGCCGGCGCCGGGCGGCCACGUGGUGGUGCUGCGGCUGCCCCCGCCCUACCGGCGGAGCCCGGGAGCUGAGCGCCCACUGACCCGGCGUCGGGAGGAGGAGGAGGAGGGACCCAGCGCAGGAAGCGGAGCAGGAAGCGAGCCCGGCGGCCGCGCUUUCCUGGGGAAGCGGCGGGAGGGACAGCCAGCGGAGCCGGGAGCUGAAGCUGCCGCUUGGAUGGGGUGUUGACCAAUCUCCUAGGACUUGGGAAGGCUGAAUGGACCAACCAUGAAGAGCCUGAAGGCGAAGUUUCGGAAGAGUGACACCAAUGAGUGGAACAAGAACGAUGACCGGCUGCUGCAGGCUGUGGAGAACGGAGAUGCUGAGAAGGUGGCCUCUCUGCUGGGCAAGAAAGGAGCCAGUGCCACCAAGCACGACAGCGAGGGCAAGAGCGCUUUCCACCUCGCUGCUGCGAAGGGACAUGUGGAAUGUCUCAAGGUCAUGGUUACUCAUGGUGUGGAUGUGACUGCCCAAGAUACUUCCGGUCACAGUGCUUUACAUAUCGCAGCCAAGAACGGCCACCCAGAGUACAUCAAGAAGCUCCUUCAGUGCAAAAGCCCAGCUGAAAGUCUUGACAACUCGGGGAAGACAGCUUUACAUUACGCAGCGGCACAGGGAUACCUUCAGGCCGUGCAGGUCCUCUGUGAGCACAAGAGCCCCGUAAACCUUAAAGACUUGGAUGGGAACAUACCCCUGCUCGUCGCAGUACAAAGUGGCCACAGCGAGGUCUGUCACUUUCUCCUGGAUCAUGGAGCAGAUGUCAACUCCAGGGACAAAAAUGGAAGAACUGCUCUCAUGCUGGCUUGUGAAACUGGCAGCUCUAACAUUGUGGAAGCCUUAAUUAAAAAGGGUGCAGACCUGAACCUUGUAGAUUCUCUUGGACACAAUGCCUUAUAUUAUUCCAAACUCUCAGAAAAUGCAGGAAUUCAAAGCCUUCUGUUAUCCAAAAUCUCUCAGGAUGCUGAUUUAAAGACCCAAACAAAACCAAAGCAGCAUGAUCAAGUCUCUAAAAUAAGCUCAGAAAGAAGUGGAACUCCAAAAAAACGCAAAGCUCCACCACCUCCUAUCAGUCCUACCCAGUUGAGUGAUGUGUCUUCCCCACGAUCAAUAACUUCUACGCCACUUUCGGGAAAGGAAGCAGUAUUUUUUGCUGAAGCACCUUUUAAGGCUGAGAUCAGCUCUAUACAAGAAAACAAGGACAGACUGAGCGACAGCACUACAGGUGCUGACAGCUUAUUGGAUAUAAGUUCUGAAGCUGACCAACAAGAGCUUCUUGUCCUAUUGCAAGCAAAAGUUGCUUCCCUCACGUUGCACAACAAGGAAUUACAAGAUAAAUUGCAGGCCAAAUCGCCCAAGGAGGCUGAAGCUGACCUAAGCUUCGACUCUUUCCAUUCCACCCAGACUGACCUGACCUCAUCCCAGGGCAAAUCUAUUGAAGCCCCUUCCUCAGAUGCCAAAUCAUCUCCGUCUGCUGAGGACCCAGUGGGGAAGUCCACUGUUGACAGCAGUGUCAGGAUUCAGCAGCUACAAGAUACCUUGCACGAUUUGCAGAAGCGAUUGGAGAGCUCAGAAGCAGAGAAGCAACAGCUCCAGGCUGAACUCCAGUCGCAAAGGACAGACCUGUUGUGCUUGAACAACACAGAGAUUUCGGAGAAUGGCUCUGACCUCAGUCAGAAACUCAAAGAAACUCAGAGCAAGUAUGAGGAGGCCAUGAAGGAAGUCCUCAGUGUGCAGAAGCAGAUGAAACUGGGUCUCCUCUCCCAUGAGAGUGCAGAUGGCUAUUCCCAUCCCCGAGAGGCGAGGGUCACUGAUGAGGAAAUUGAUGCCCUAAAACAAGACCUGCAGAAUGCACUGGAGGAGAGUGAAAGGAAUAAAGAGAGGGUGAGAGAGUUAGAAGCAAGGCUUGCAGAGAAGGAAAAGGCUGGGGCGACCAAGCCACCUACAGAAGAAUGUGAGGAGAGGAAAAGCUCCCACUGCUCCAUUAUUGAGAAUAUGAAUAAGGAGAAAGCAUUGUUGUUUGAGAAAUACCAGCAGGCCCAAGAAGAAAUCAUGAAACUGAAGGAUACACUAAAAAGUCAGACGCCACCGGAAGCCCCUGACGACGCUGGGGACAUGAAAGAGGCCAUGAACAGGAUGAUAGACGAACUCAACAAACAGGUGAAUGAGCUGUCACAGCUGUACAAAGAAGCCCAGGCGGAGCUGGAGGAUUACAGGAAGAGGAAAUCUCUAGAAGAUGCAACCGAAUACAUUCAUAAAGCUGAACACGAGAGGCUGAUGCAUGUGACAAACCUGUCCAGGGCCAAGGCAGAAGAAGCUCUGUCGGAGAUGAAGUCUCAGUAUUCCAAAGUGUUGAACGAGUUGACUCAGCUCAAACAGCUGGUGGACGCUCACAAAGAGAACUCUGUGUCCAUCACAGAACAUUUACAAGUGAUAACGACGCUGCGCACAACGGCCAAAGAGAUGGAAGAAAAAAUAAGCAGCCUCAAAGAGCGCCUUGCAAGCAAGGAGGCGGAAGUCGCAAGGCUGGAAAAAAAAUUCCUGGAGGAGAAAGCGGCCAUGACCGAUGCAAUGGUCCCCAAGUCUGCCUAUGAAAAGCUCCAGGCAUCCUUAGAGAGUGAAGUGAACGUGUUAGCAACAAAAUUAAAGGAUUCAGUAAAAGAGAAAGAGAAAGCCCAUUCGGAGGUUGCCCAGGUUCGAAGUGAGGUCUCACAGGUGAAAAGGGAAAAGGAAAGCAUCCAGAUGCUCUUGAAAUCCAAAGAGCAGGAAAUAUCUGAACUUCUGCAGAAAUGCCAGCAAGCCCAGGAAGAACUUGCCGGGAUGAAAAGAUAUUCCGCGACCACCUCGAAACUGGAAGAGGAUAAAGACGAAAAGAUAAAUGAGAUGUCGAAGGAAGUCCUGAAACUGAAGGAGGCCCUGAACAGCCUCUCGCAGCUCUCCUACUCCACAAGUUCAUCCAAGAGGCAGACCCAGCAGCUGGAAGUACUGCAGCAGCAGGUCAAACAGCUGCAGAACCAGCUGGCUGAAUGUAAGAAACAACACCAGGAGGUCAUAUCGGUUUACAGGAUGCACCUUCUGUAUGCUGUUCAGGGCCAAAUGGAUGAAGAUGUCCAGAAAGUCUUGAAGCAAAUCCUCACCAUGUGUAAAAACCAGUCUCAGAAGAAGUAAAACGGAGUCCUUGGCAGGGCACUGCCCCGUGUUGCCUCUCUUUGUCUUAGAUCUGGAGUUGUCGCUGACCACUGCCAUCGCUCUUACCCGUGGUGUGCACCGUGACCUAGCAUAGCUUCUUUCCCAGUGGCUUCUGGGGGACCAGUCCCAAGAGAAGAUGCCCUCCUCAGAACUUUGUAGGUACUUUAGACCAGCAGAG